CGCGCAUUCCCUUUCCAGGCAUGCAGAAAUUUGUCAAUUUUGGGAUUUUGUGAAAAAUCUUGUGAGAAAAAAUCAAUAUUUUCACCGAAAACCGAGAGAAAAAUGGAUAAUACUUUCGUGCGGAGUGCUUCUCCUCAGUUCUCUGACGAUGGGGAUGAUAGUGGAAUGGCUACACUGCCAAUUGGGGAUGUUUCUAGCUAUCCCCAAAGCACUACUCACACCUACAAUCCACCGAGGGUCAAUUACCUCCCGGAGUCUGAGAAGGAUUACCUCAAGGGACGCAAUACUUGUGCUUUUUGGGUGCUUGUUAUCCUCCUUCUGAUCCUCACAAUUGGCAAUCUCGCUCUCACACUUACUAUUGUGGGAAUUUUACGCCUUGGGAGAGGGAUGGAGUUCAUGGAACUUGUUCCUGAAGCAGACACUGUUAAAUUCUUCGGAAACACUGACUUGGAUCGCAUCUACAAACGCGAUGGUCAAUUGGAAGGAUUCACAGAUGUUCCUGUAACAAUUACCGGUGAUGCAGGAGCAGUUCUGUUGAAUCUAGUCAAUCGCAAUGGUCACAUUCACAACAAGGUUCAUAUGGGACGCAAUGGGACUCAUUUUAAAGGAAUCAAUCUCUUUGAAGUUCGUGAUCCCGUUACCAAGGAAUCGAUUUUUACGACAUCAAAGCCCAGAUAUAGCAUCCCUCAGGGAGUUCGCAAUCUUAAGACAACCACCGUUAGCGCCAGUCGUGUCACGAGCUCCAUGGAGGAGCCUCUCCAAAUCCUGGCAAAAGGAAAAAUGGUCCUGCGUGGAGCUGAGGGGACAGAGAUGGAGAGUAAGGAAAUCAUCUGGUCAGCAGAUCAAAAUAUCUUCCUAAAGUCUAUUAAUGGAUCAAUUGUCCUUGCUGGAAACAAUGGAGUGUAUUUGGACAUGAAAAGCAUCCCUAUUGUUCAGGCUGAGCAUGGAUUGAGGGCAGGAGCGAUGCAAUUUAAAGUUUGUGUCUGUAUGCCUCAAGGGAGACUCUUUCGAGUGCCAAUUCCUCGUACGCACAAUGGAAAAGGAAGCUGUACUCACUUCAAUCCUCGCUAUGAUCCCUGUGCCUGAACAAUUUUCUUUCCAGGCACGCUCAUAAUAUUCUCUGUAGUGAGCUUUUCGAGAGAAAAUGUAUCAGCAUCAGCAAUGGUUAUCAUAUCGCUAUUUAGAUCAAAAUUUGUGUAUUACCAUUAAACUUUGUGGCUUUUGCGAAAAUAAACAGUAAUAAAAAGUAAAA